AUGAUCGUGGCAACUGCCUCAAAAACCCGAAAGCCCAGAACUAAUAACUUUACCUCGAUUUUGGACCUGUUCCUAGAAAAAUAUAACUUGUCCACCGAAUCUAGCCCAUCUCAAUUACGUGUCUAUGCUAGUGAACUCGGUGCCAUGUUACCAGAUUGGAAAGCUCGCAAAAGUGUGAAAGAAGCUCUUCGCCAACGCUUAUUCAAAGAAGACCAGAUCAAGGCUCUUGUACCCGAUAAAAGGAAUGAAAAACUUACUAUCAAAGAGAGAGCUCAAUACUGUGCGAAAUCUGGAGAUCCAUAUGAUAUUUACUUACAUGCUUUAGAUUUAAUCAAGACAAAAAAUGAUAGUGAUGAAGAAAUUGUCGCAUCCAGCUCACGUCUUACAUUAUUUCGUAAGGAAUUGAAAGAAGCUGGAGUUGAUUCUAAAGUAAUUGAUAAAUAUGCUAAAUUUUCAGAUCUUACUCAAGCAUCUAACGAAAUUCAGAAGAAGCAACUUCAGAAAUGUGAUCCGAUUCAACUUGGAAUCAAAAAGACCUAUAAAGCUAUUAUAUCAGGACUUAUUGAUAUCGGCAAAUUUUUUCUUGGUUACUCAUCAUGGAUUGCGGAACGAGCUGUAAUCAAGAAUAUAAGCAAACCCAGAUGCAAAGAUUUCAGAGCUUUUAAUGAUAACCUAUGUGCAGUUCAUUUAGGUAAGGAAAAAGUACUGCUGAAUAAACCAAUAUAUGUAGGCUCUGCAGUAUUGGAUCUAAGUAAGCUCUGGAUGUACCAGUAUUGGGACGCUCCAUAA